AUGGAUCACUACUUAAAAAUACUCUUGCUCAUUUGCGCUGUCCACCAAAUCGCCGGUGGUCGUUUUAAGAAACACAAGAAUUACUUGGUUUUUACAGGGGAAAAAACAGGUUCUUUGUACCAGGUCAGCUACCUGGACAUCGAGAGCUGUACGUCUCUGCCUUGCUCCAUGGCCCGAAACGCCACCAUUAAGGUUACUGUGCGCUUCGAUGAUAAUGGCAAUGGGGUAUCCUUUCUAAAACAUGAAGUCCGAUGGGUGUUUAACUUUAUCAAGACCCAGGCGGCCAUAACUCCCGAUCCGUGCGACGGGGAUCAUGGAUGUAUAGAAAGUGCAAGUGAUGGCAAAGCGUAUUGGGCCAAUAUCUUUGUAAAUGAAACUCUACCGGUGAUGAAAGGCAGCAUGUUGUGGGAAUCCAAGGAUGCAAACGAUCAGAACCUAAUCUGUUUCCAGGUUCCCGUUGUAAUCACAGUGUAAAUGUGUAAUCACGAAAAUAAAGUAAUUGGUGCAUGCAAAUCAA